AUGACGUCGCAAGAGUUAGCAUCAACAACAAGUUGGCUGGAGGACGUUGCCGGUGCUGGUCUGUUGUAUAGUCCAUCGCUGCUGACCACCAGCGCAUCAUCACUGGUCAUCUGUCUCGCAUGCUGCUCAAAUAUAGUGAAAUGUAAGGCAGCUUCAUAUAACAAUGGGACCGGAGUAUGCACGUGCUUUGACGGCACACAGAGCAUGGUGACACGACAUGGAAAUCGACUUUGGAACCGCCAGUUUGAUGGUUUCACUUAUAUUGCCCAAUUAGAUUGGCUUAUCCUGCUGAUCACUGACACAAAAAGGAAGAAUGCUGACGCAGAAUCGUUCUGCGGUACUAUGGGGGCUAGACUUGCCGUUUUAGACACCGAUGAAAAACUGAACUACUUAAUAGGGCUGCAUGACUUCCCAGAUGAUACAUCCAUCUAUGUAGGAGCAACAGACAAGCAAACUGAAGGUCUAUACUUAUGGAGUACCGGCGCAAACCUCACAACCAAUUGGCUUCCUGGUGAACCGAACAGUUUUCGUGUUGAAGAAGAUUGUGUUGUGGUACUUAACACCGGGUUUAAUGACUUCCCGUGUGAAGAGAAAGCCAAUUUUGUAUGCGAACUUGGUUAAGACUUUCAAUCUUGUUUGGCGUGAACAUCUAUAACUUCUUGGUUUUGUUAUUGCUUAAGUAUGACCAUCACUUUUUGUUUAAUUAUCAAAACUUAAAAAUAAAUAAAAAAAAUAAAUAAAUUAAUCUUUGGUCUGAUUAUCAGAAUUGUCAUGUGCACGCUUUCUUUGUUGAAGAGAUAUUUGUUUGUCUGUGUGUUUGACGAUUUUACAACAUUUGAUUUCAUAUAAUGACAAACUUCUAUGUUAUCUAUUUACAUUAGUAAAAUAAAUAUCAUACUUUAUUAACUAAAUAGCUUGAUAUUGGCGCAACACAGAAAUAUCGGCGCGGGCAAUACAUUCCCAAACGUUGGCCGAUACAGGAAAAAUGUCUGCUAAAAAAAUACAUAAUGGGGCGAAACUAAAUCAUCUAAACAUUCGAAUUUUUUCUGUGAUAUCGUCCAAAUGUGUUUGAAAUUGACAUAUAAACGUUACGCAAUCGAAAAGAACACGAACAAGUUUGCAACAGUCGUACAAUUGACAGAAAAGUAAACAAGAAAAAUGUGAAAUUGUCUCAACAGCAGUGUAUGGUACGAAAUUGAGAUUAAUGUUUUACUACAAAAUGAAGACUGACAGUCAGUGUUCCAGGUAGCUUGUCAACACGAUUUAUAGAAGUGGUACUUUCCGUACCAUUUUAUAAGCAAAUUAUUCCUGUUCCUGAGAGUUAUAUUCUUUUAUUAGAAUUGAUACAGACGUCACAGUGCGAGAGACUGAUGAACUAUAUUUUACACAUUA